UCUCUAAUACCCUUGUAAAACCCUAGCCCUCUGUUAGGAUUCGAAUUGGGGGAGCUCAGCCGGACGUCAACAAUGGCGAAAUUGGCAGAGCAGGAGUUGAAUCAGAAGAAACGCGAGGCAGAGGACGUUGGAGGGAAUGAAGAAGAAGAGGAAGAACCGAGCUUCGAAGAGAUAGGCCUCGACCCUCGGUUGAUUCGUGCGAUGUCCAAGAAAAACAUCCAGAAGCCUACUCCGAUACAGCGAGUCGCUAUACCCUUAAUCCUGGAAGGUAAAGAUGUGGUUGCACGGGCAAAGACUGGGUCAGGAAAGACAUUUGCUUACCUCCUCCCUCUUCUUCAAAAGCUGUUUAGCGGGUCGGUUCCGAAGCAUAAGGCUGCUCCAAGUGCAUUUAUCCUGGUCCCGACACGGGAACUCUGCCAGCAGGUUUUUGCAGAAGCUUCAUCCCUCAUUGAGUUAUGUAGAGUUCAGUUGAAAGUCGUACAGCUAACAAGCAGCAUGGCUGCCUCUGACUUGAGAACUGCUUUGGGUGGGCCACCUGAUAUUUUGGUAUCAACACCGGGAUGCAUUCCAAAGUGCUUGUCAAUUGGUGUGCUUCAGCCCUCAUCGAUCAGUGAAGCACUUCAAAUUCUUAUUCUCGAUGAGGCAGACCUUUUAUUAUCAUAUGGAUAUGAAGAUGAUUUACGAGCUCUCACAGCUCAUAUACCUAGACGCUGUCAAUGCCUUCUUAUGUCUGCUACAUCGAGUGCUGAUGUUGAUAAACUGAAGAAGUUGAUUCUUCACAACCCCUACAUAUUGACGUUGCCAGAAGUCAAAGAUGUCAAAGAUGACAUGAUACCUAAAAAUGUCCAGCAAUUUUGGAUAUCAUGCAGUACUCGUGACAAAUUACUUUACAUUCUGGGGCUCUUGAAGCUGGAUUUGGUUCAGAAGAAAGUCUUGAUAUUCACUAAUACUAUAGAUAUGGGCUAUCGGUUGAAGUUAUUUUUGGAGAAGUUUGCAAUCCGAUCUGCAGUUUUAAAUGCUGAAUUGCCACAGAAUUCCCGUCUUCAUAUGCUAGAGGAAUUCAAUGCUGGACUUUUUGAUUAUUUGAUUGCUACAGAUGAUAGUGAAAUAAAAGAAAAGGAGAAAGCUAGUGGGGAGAACCAUUCUGAGGUGAAAAAGUCUCGCAAGCGUUCAAAGGCUAAGUUAGAUUCUGAAUUUGGAGUAGUGCGGGGAAUUGAUUUCAAGAACGUCCGUACGGUUAUAAAUUAUGAGAUGCCACUAAGUGUGGCAGGUUAUAUUCAUCGGAUUGGGCGUACAGGAAGAGCAUACAGCAGUGGUUCAUCAAUAUCCUUGGUUUCUUCUGAUGAGAUGGCUAUUUUGGAAGAAAUAAAAUCCUUCCUGGGAGAGGGUGAGAACAAAGAGUCAAACUUAAUUGUCCCAUUUCCACUUCUAACUGAGAAAGCCGUGGAAUCCUUACGUUAUAGGGCUGAGGAUGUUGCAAAGAGUGUGACAAAAGUAGCCAUAAGGGAAUCAAGAGCUCAGGAUCUAAGGAACGAGAUUCUCAACUCUGAAAAGUUGAAGGCUCAUUUUGAUGCGAAUCCAAAGGAUUUAGAUCUAUUGAAACACGACAAGGUCUUGAGCAAGGAGCCUCCAGCUUCUCACCUUAGAGACGUGCCUGAGUACUUGUUGGACCCAAAAACACAGGAAGCCAGCAAGAUGGUCAAGCUUGCUCGGGCUGCUAUGGGGCAGGACAAGCCAGCUCGAAAGAAGGGACUGAAUAAAAGGUUCGGGAAAAGCAGAGAUCCUCUCAAAACUUUCACUGCUGAGACAAGGAAGAGAGGUCAAGGGGGGAAGAUGAAGGGAGACCAAGCAGCCGGCAGUGCCGAUAAUGCCCAUAAACAGAAGAAGAGAAGAGCUAACUUGAUAUGAGUGCUGAUUGUUACCUUACAAUUUCUGUAUGAGAAAAUCUUUUGUAUGCCUCCCAAUUUUGUAUUCAAAUAUUUAGUCAGAUGUGAGUUUAUCAUAAUUUCAAUUUCUUCCCUCUUGUGGAGAUUGGGUGGA